AGCUCCGGCCGACCGACUCACUGGCAGCAACAAGUGGAACAGCCUCCCAUAUGCUCAGUUGGAAAUCGCAUCUGACGCCGCUCGAGUCAGGAAUCAACAAGUCCGUUUCCGCGAGUUGAACGCGCGGUUUCGUCGUGGCCGUCGCCGUGGCUUUUAAUUCAAUUGAUUUCGAUUUCGAGCUCCGGCCGACGAUUUUCUCCAUGCGGCUGUCUGCCCAGUGUCACAUUGGGCAACCGAAAUUUUGGACGACAGCCUUUGAAUACAUGAGGAAAUAAAUACAUGAAAGUUAGUCCCGAAAAGAGAGUUCGAGCUGGGGGGCGAGCGCGCAAUCAGAGUUUAAAAGCUGCUCGCGUAGACGGAGCGGAUGGAUACAAAGUCUACAUGUGUCGUCCCAAUAGCUACAUCGGCAAAUUAUUCAAAUGCUUCGCAGGCGGCAAUUGGAGAGGAGGCAUCAAUUAACAGAGACACCACUGCAACGUAGCAGGAGGAGCAAAGGCGAAACAAUAGUGGAAAAUCACAUACUCAUACAAGCAACAAAUAUUGGCAUUUAGCUCCUGCAACAAAAUGAAGAAGCGUCAGCUUCGGCCGCGCCGAAUAUCUCUAAAUGAAAACCACAACAAAUACUUGGGCAGCGGCCACAACGAUGUACAAAUAUUUACCAAUACAAAAGAACCCAAUCAAGUCAAUUUAAAUUCAUCGUCAAAGCUGCUGCUGACAACUACAGUGACGGCGACCUCAACUGAGGCUGACGCCGCGGCUGCGGCAGAGGCUGAGGCUGAAGCUGCUCUUCCCGCUUCGCUUCCAGCAGCCGCCCAGAUAGCACACCAACAGCAGUCUCGCCAGCAGCAAAGAAAGCAGCUGAUUAUGUCGCCUACAAUAAUGGCCGUUGAUUAUUUUCCACUGCGGUACAAGCUGCGAAAAUCCAAAUCCACGCCGAGUCUCAGUUUCGACGCGACGAGAUGCCCCAUGGCGGAGCAGCAGCCCGACUGUCGCAGCAUUUCCACAUUUUCACCACUGAACCCCGCCGCGGAGGCUACGCAAGUGCAGGAUCAACAUGAACAAUUUUCACGCAUCACCAGCACCAGCCAUAAGUGCAGCAAUAAUAUAAAUGCCACGCCUCCAACACCGGACUCCUUGCGCUUUGGCUGCUCUCACUAUAAACGGCGGGCUAUGUUUGUGACUCCGUGCUGCAAUAAAUUCUACAAGUGUCGUUUCUGCCAUGACGAGAACGAGACGCAUCACUUCGAUCGCAAGACACUCACCGAGCUGAUCUGCUCCGAAUGCAACACGCGGCAAACAGUUCGGGAAAAGUGCGAAAAUUGCGGCGUACGAUUUGGCAAGUACACCUGUCUGAUCUGCAACCUCUUCGAUGAUGCGGAUAAGCAGCAGUAUCAUUGUCAUGGCUGUGGAAUAUGUCGCAUCGGAGGAGCUGAGAACUUCUUCCACUGCGAGGUUUGCAAUAUGUGUCUGCCCAUCCAGCUGAAGAUCGAUGGCCACAGGUGUGUGGAGAACAUCUCGCGCUCCCAUUGCCCAGUUUGCCUAGGCGACAUUCACACUUCGCGCAUUCCCUGCCAUAUUCCCGACUGUGGUCACCUGCUGCACAAGAUGUGCUUCGACCAACUGCUUGCUUCGGGACAUUACACCUGUCCCACCUGCCAGACCUCUCUAAUCGACAUGACUGCGCUGUGGGAGUACCUGGACGACCAGGCUCAAAGAAUGCCGGUGCCGCUAAAAUAUGAGAAUCAACGAGUGCACAUCUUCUGCAACGAUUGUCACAAGACCUCUAAAACAAAAUUCCAUUUCAUUGGGCUCAAAUGCGUACAUUGCGGGGCCUACAACACAACGCAGGAUGUGAAACGUCGCCUGUCCUUGGUCACCGAUGAGCCAUCCUCGGCGUGAUUUCCACCGAUUCACACAAUGUCAACAACAACAGGAAAUCUCUCUUGCCAUGCUCAACACAUUUGAAUGCACAAAAUUGCUACAUAAACACACAACUGAAGUUGAAACGCAUUGAAUUUAGAUCAAAUUCGAGCUGGUAUCGAAUAGAAAACUCCCAAACAAAAACAAAAGGCUUAAUAAGUAACUCUUGGUUGUGCUCUGGGAACCCUAGAGACUUGGAAAUAUUUAGCUCAAAUAUAUUGUGAUAGAUCUUUAAAAGUGGUAUCUUAAUUAUUUGUUAAGUCUCUAGGGAAUCUCCGAACUCUGACCACUUUACUUUGAUUUACACUUUUGCACUGAACUUUCAAAAAAUUAAAAUUCACUCGAAUUUCAAGUAUUCUAUCCAUGAAAAUAAAUUUAGGUAAGCUUCGAGUCUUCCCAAGCAAAAAUACCUUUAGUCGUAACAAAUGUAUUUUUAAUAAAGAGAACUUGAAAACAAAACAAAAUCUUAGAAUAAAUCUUAAUUGAUUAAUACAUUAAAUCGAAAUGGACAAUUUUUUUAGUUAUUCCAUUGUAAUCUGCAAGAAGCGCCGAAGCUUCCUUACAUGUUGAAAAUUAAGUUUUUUUGUAGUGUUACAUUGCCUUGGGCUGUUAUUAAGGCCGCAAAGUGGCUUCAAGCCCUCGAAAAUAGAAUUUUCAUUCCUUUGAAAAUGGUAUUAUAGAAAACAAUUUAAUAAAUUGU